AUGCAGGUAAUCAAAAACCUCACUCUUGUUCUCGGUAACUCGAGUGAUCCUAAUCACGAGGACGGGCUUCUCGAGGGUGUCCAUGGGAGGAGAAGACGGACCCGGAAAAUACAGAUGGGUACCCCGAUCUACGGAUUCGACGCUCCCUAUACGGGCGCCCAAGGAGGGUCGAUUGUCCGCUAG